UCCAUUUAAGGCGGGAGAGUAGCUCGGGAGGUAGUUGCUGUGGUUUCGGUCCUGAGGCGGCCUCUUGGGAGUCAAAGCUUGUGGACGGAGCGUUCCGCAUCAAGGUCCAUCCGUCGGUGGCUGCAGACCGUGAGGUCAGGAGUUCAGCGUCCCUUCUCCUGACCAGGACCGGUCCCCUGCUUUACCUUCGCCACUCAGUGCUCGUAUCUACUCAGGGGCCUAGGUCGGCUCCCGGGCGGCUGAGAAGAAGGCCGCCAGCGAGAUGUUCAAAAACACAUUCCAGAGCGGCUUCCUCUCCAUCCUCUACAGCAUCGGCAGCAAGCCCCUGCAGAUCUGGGACAAAAAGGUGCGGAAUGGCCACAUCAAAAGAAUCACUGAUAACGACAUCCAGUCCUUGGUGCUAGAGAUUGAAGGGACAAAUGUCAGCAAUAACCAGAAUACAACUCAAGGGAUAGCCCCUGGAUCAGCUGGUGUCAUGGCAAGAAAAACUUGCUACUUCCAGGCCGUCUGCAUCCAGUGUGUGACCUUUAUCUGGUCUGUUUACUCUCCUCUGGGUCUCAGCCUUGGGAAACUGGGCUGUGGGGGUUUAGGUCCUUGUCUGAAGAUCGUUUGCUUUUUCCAAGACGGAGGUAACAUGACUCUUUUUCUCUAUAUUUCACAGGUGUUAGAUGACAAGAAUGUGCGUCGGCGGUUUCGGGCAAGUAACUACCAGAGCACCACCCGGGUCAAACCCUUCAUCUGCACCAUGCCCAUGAGGCUGGAUGAUGGUUGGAACCAGAUUCAGUUCAACUUAUCAGACUUCACCCGGCGAGCAUAUGGCACAAAUUACAUUGAGACCCUAAGAGUGCAGAUCCAUGCAAACUGUCGCAUCCGACGGGUUUACUUCUCAGACAGACUCUACUCAGAAGAUGAACUGCCGGCAGAGUUCAAACUGUAUCUCCCAGUUCAGAACAAGGCAAAGGUAAGCUGCAUUCCUCAGAGGAAGGCCAGACAGGGAGUUGGGGAGAACUGUGUUCCUGCAAAGUGCUCUAGUCUAAGAGGUCAGCUGCAGAGCAUCUCUGUGUUGACACUUCGGAGUACC